UACCGGUACCAGAUACAGUAUUUUGAACAAUUCACGGAUUAGUAUGUCACCGAAAUUAUUAAUAAAGAAUCUGCUAACACUUUCAGACUUUGCUCAAGUUGUCCAUGUAGUAGAGUUGUCCGGUUCCCGCUCAAAGUACUGAAAUAAGAAGACAAACAAACUGCUUAUUCUGAUAUUAACAAAAUAAAGUAGUUACCAUAGACAUAGUCUAAAUAUCUUGCACGUCAUCCGAGCCUACUCAAACUAAUUACAAUGUUUCACAUUCAGACAUUACAGCCUUACGUGUCAUAUUGCAGUAUUGGCCAUUUUUUAUCGACAGAUAGUCUACCUCAAAAAUUCUUUAUGAGAUCUGGAGAUACAGAAAUAGUUGACAAGUAGCAAAAGUAUACUAUACCACGCUUUGUUCUCUGAUUUCAUAAUCCUUUUAUCUGUCGAGAUGUUCAGAAAAACGUUGAUCAGCUUUUCGAAGCAUAUUCAAAAAGGACAAAAGUUAUCACCAUACAGAGAUUUUUCUUUGACUGCAGGUUGCUUAUCUUCGGUCAAAUUCGACUGGCAGGAUGCUCUAAACCUGAACGAAUUACUCACUGAUGAUGAGAAACUCAUAAGAGAUCAAUUUCACUCAUAUUGUCAAGAAAAACUUAUGCCAAGGAUAUUAAUGGCGAAUAGACACGAAAAAUUUGACAAAGAAAUUUUUCAAGAAAUGGGUGAACUUGGAGUACUUGGUUCUACCAUAAAAGGUUAUGGUUGUGCAGGAAUUUCAUCUGUUGGUUAUGGAUUGCUAGCAAGGGAAUGUGAAAGAGUUGAUAGUGGAUAUAGAUCAGCAAUGAGUGUACAGUCAUCACUUGUUAUGCAUCCAAUUAGUGAAUAUGGCAGUGAAGAACAGAAACAAAAGUAUCUUCCAAAACUUGUAAAAGGAGAGUUGAUAGGGGCUUUUGGGCUAACAGAACCAAAUCAUGGUAGUGACCCCGGCAGCAUGGAAACACGAGCAAAGUUUGACAAAGCGACAGGAACCUAUAUACUGAAUGGAACAAAGUCGUGGAUAACUAACUCUCCAAUUGCUGAUGUAUUUGUGGUUUGGGCUAAAAAUGAAGCUGAAGAUGACGCUAUUCGUGGAUUCAUAUUAGAAAGAUCAAUGCCUGGAUUGAGUACACCUACAAUAGAGGGCAAAUUUUCACUGAGGGCAUCAGUAACAGGACAAAUCGUGAUGGAAGAUGUUGCUGUCCCAGCUGGAAAUAUGUUAGAAAAUGUGUCUGGUUUAAAGGGUCCUUUCGGUUGUUUGAAUAGUGCAAGGUAUGGCAUUUCUUGGGGGGCAUUAGGUGCUGCAGAAUUUUGUUUGGCUACCGCUCGUCAAUAUUCAUUGGAUCGAAUUCAGUUUCAAAAACCACUUGCCAGGAAUCAACUUAUUCAAAAGAAACUUGCUGAUGCAUUGACAGAAAUUUCAAUUGGAUUACAGGCUUGUGUUCAAGUUGGAAGACUCAAAGAUAGUGGAAAAUCUACUCCUGAAAUGAUUUCAAUGAUCAAACGUAAUUCAUGCGGUAAAUCAUUGGAGAUUGCAAGAAACAUGAGGGAUAUUUUGGGAGGAAACGGAAUAUCAGAUGAAUACCAUAUUAUACGUCAUGUUAUGAAUUUGGAAAGUGUAAAUACAUAUGAAGGAACUCAUGAUAUUCAUGCAUUGAUUCUUGGAAGAGCAAUCACUGGUGUCCAGGCAUUCACACAUUAGCAGAGGUAGAAAGUGGAACGAUGAGAAGAUGGUGGGACAUAAAGAUCUGUAAAAAUACAGAACUCCAGGAGAUGGAUCAUUCCUGGAGCACAUUGCACUGGUUUCGGCCACGUAGUUGAAUACCUAAUAGUUUUAUAAUAUUAUCUAACAAAUGGGUGAGAAAAAUGCUUUACCACAAUGUACUUAUUCACUUUUGUAGUUUGAUGACGAAUUUCAAAAAUUCAGUCCUUGUUAGAUUAGACAUGAUAAGAAUUUAUACAGCUGUGCUCGCAUAAUAUGUUGAUUGUAUAGGUAGAUAUAUUAUUUGAUCGUGGUGCAUAGUUUUUGUGCAAUAGCUUUUGGAAUAAAUUAUAAUCUAUCA